AUGCCCAAGAAGAGCAAGCGCCUCGCUCAGAUCGGCCGCCUAGCUGAAAGCAGGCGUCAGCAACGCCCUCAGCAACGCACUCAGCAGCGCCCUCCCCAGCGCCCUCAGCAACAUCCUCAGCCGGUCCGCCAGGUGACGAUGGCCGAGCUGGUGGGCGAGUGGACGGUAAGCUCCACUGUAAUUGCCACUGUUGCCGACCACACCUCCUCGGAGAGCGACGGCUCCGAGUUUGAAGGCGAAAAUCUCUUUACUAUGGAUAUUAUUUACGCUAAAAAAAGAUGGACGCAAGAGGAAGCGCAUACUCCCUCGUCUCCUGGGUUGGCUUCGAACGCCUGA